CUAAAACAUAAUACAGUGCAAACAAACCAAACCAACCACCCACAGAUAACAGUACAUACAAGCAAGCGUCGUCAGGCAGGCCGGGUCAAUAUCAAUAGGGCAGGUAGGUACAGGGGGAGCAAGCGGAGAUGGGUCGGGGUCACAGGCCAGGUUCAGCAGGUAGCAAGCAGCGUGGUACAGAGGGUCAGGCAGAGGGAUGGUCAGGAGCGAGCCGGGAUCAGAGCAGGAGAAGUCAGCAGCGGUUCAGAUCAGGCAGGGUCAGCAAAGGAACAGAAACAGGAUGCAGGACAGAUACAGGGCCCAAGACAAACACACCAAGGCAGAGUCUGCAAGUCUGGCCAU